AUGGAUACAAGUAAAGAGUGGACUCUUUUAGGUCUUAUCAGUGCUUGUUUAGGCAUAACUCUAAUCUUCAUGAUCAUUUUUUACUAUCUAGUCCGAUCUGCCAUCAAACCAACCAAAAGAAAACUAGGUAAAGCUAUCUUUCGCAAAAGGCCUCGUAAAAGAGAGCAUUCAGGCGUAAUGAGUAGUAACAACUCAACAACCAGCAUAGAACUAUCAGUUACGGAUAUGGAGUGA